AUGAUUGACAGCGGGGAGCCAGAGCCUGCCAUUGCUGGCCACUUCUACCGCAUCCCUCGGUUCUCUGCGAGAAUCGUUGGCAUCUGGCCGGAGAUGAGAAGGGGCAGUGGUCCGUGGUACACCCAUCUCCUGUCCGUGUUCGCCUUUCUGGUGGUCCUGGUGGGAGCUGUGGGCGAGGUCUUCUACGGCUGUGUACACCUGGACAACCUGGUUGUGGCUCUGGAGGCCUUCUGCCCCGGCACCACCAAGGCUGUGUGUGUGCUGAAGCUGUGGGUUUUCUUCCGCUCCAGCCGCCAGUGGGCGGUGCUCAUCCAGCGCCUGCAAUCAAUGUUGUGGGCUGCGCGCCGCGAAGAGGGCCAACGUAUGCUGGUCGGACUGGCCACCACGGCCAGUAGGCUGAGCCUGUUGCUUCUCAGCUCCGGCACGGCGACCAACACCGCCUUCAACCUGCAACCGCUGAUUAUGGGUCUCUAUCGUUGGCUGUUUGAGCUGCCCGGUCAAAUCGAACUGCCCUUCAAUAUCAUAUUGCCAGCGUUCGCCGUACAACCAUCUCUGUUUCCGGUCACCUACGUGCUGCUGACCGCUUCCGGGGCCUGCACUGUGUUUGCUUUCAGCUUCGUAGAUGGCUUCUUCCUCUGCUCCUGCCUCUACAUCUGCGGCGUCUUCCGACUGCUGCAGCAGGACAUUCGCAGGAUAUUCGCCGAUUUGCAUGGCGAUUCCGUGGACGUUUUCACGGAGGCGAUGAAUGCGGAGGUGCGCCAAAAACUGGCCCACGUUGUCGAGCGGCACAAUGCGAUUAUCGAUCUGUGCACGGACCUAACACGCCAGUUUACCGUUAUCGUUUUAAUGCAUUUCCUGUCCGCCGCUUUCGUCCUGUGCUCGACCAUCCUGGACAUCAUGUUGAACACGUCGUCGCUGAGCGGCUUAACCUACAUCUGCUACAGCAUCGCUGCCCUCACACAGCUUUUCCUCUACUGCUUCGGCGGCAAUCACGUCGGCGAGAGUAGCGCUGCUGUGGCGGACGUGCUAUACGACAUCGAGUGGUACAAAUGCGACGCGAGGACUAGAAAAAUGAUUUUAAUGAUAUUGCGGUGUUCGCAGCGGGCAAAAACAAUUGCGGUGCCGUUUUUUACGCCCUCACUGCCAGCCUUUGGUUCGAUACUCAGCACAACCGGCUCAUAUAUCACCCUGCUGAAGACUUUUCUGUAA